CGACUACAGGAAAGUAUGUACUCCAUCUUCAUCAAAGAUUGGAUGAAAGUUUUUCCUAAAAAUCAGAUAUUGUUUCUCAGGUUUGAAGACUACGUCAAAGAUAUACCUGGGACUCUGAAAAAGGUUUUUUCAUUUUUAGAAUUACAUCCAUUAAACAAGGAGCAAUUGGAUGCCAUAGUCAGGAAGAAAGUUUCCAAUUCUGGAAAACAUUAUAAAGAGGUUCCUGCAAUGAUGAAUAAAACUCGGAAAAUGCUGCAGAAGUUUUACAGGCCAUGGGUCAAAGAGUUACAAUCAAUAUUAGGGAACGAAUUUUCCUGGGACUAUUGAGGGGGAGCAAACGAUUUCCUAUACAUUCUGAAUAGAAACAGGCAGCUGAGCAGAAAGCACAAAGUAGUUUUGCCGUUUGUUUAUAACUAUUUAUCAAAAUGUUAUCUUGUCUUUCUGUCUGACUGUCUGUCUGUCUGUGUGUCUGUCUGUCUACCUGUCUUCUUUUAACUAUUCCAGGUCUGUUUUCUGUUUGAAAUUGCUGUCUCUCUCAUUGUUUGCAUGUAAUGUCAUCUUACAGCUUUUUUGUCUGUGUUUUUUCAAUGUCUUUCUGUCUAUACAUCUAUAUGUUUGUCUGUUUGUAUUGUUAUUUGUCCCAAUGCUUUUUGGUUUGUUUGUGUUAUCUGUCUGUAUCUUUUCGGCAAAGUAAACUGGAGUGCACCAAGUAGCCUACAACUGGAGUGUUGAUGAAUAUGAGCUCUGUGUGGGUGUGUGUGAUUUUGUAUGCGUGUGUGUGUGUUUAUGUGUGUGUGUGUGGUGUGUGUGUGUGUGGUGU